GCGAGCCUCCCAAAUAAGCGCCUAUCGCCGUGGUAACAAACAGACGGUUGACGGAGAGCACAGACCGCGUUGUUCCCUGUUCGCUGUUGUUCGCUCUUUUCUCCAGCGUCCUCAUCCCCACCCUCGUCGUCGUCGUCGACACUAAAGAACUCGUCCACUCCUUCAUUGUGCCCCAUACCAAUAAAUAAACCAUGAAAUCCUUCCUAGUCAUCUCCGUCCUCGCCUCAGUCGCCCUCGCCCAGAAUUCAGCAUCGUCGCUCAUUCCGACUGGGAUCAGUCAAGGCUGUUCACAAUUCCUCACCACCCUGAACAACGACGCCAGCCUCGCAUCCUGCACCGGCCCCAUCAUCUCCGCCACGAGUCAAGUGCUCGCAGGCAACAGCUCCUCCACCUCCACCGUCAGCUCCGCGCUCAACAAUAUUUGUGGAAGCGCAGUGCAAUGCGACGAGGGCAACAUCCGUGGCAAACUCGCGGAUUUCUACUCCAACUGCGGUGCUGAACUUACCACGAGUCGGAACGAGGACGUCGCAGACCUAUAUGACGCCCUCUACACCCUCGCCCCGCUCAAGAAAGCUCUAUGCGCAAAGGAUGAUAGCGGUGCUUACUGCGCCACGCAGAAUCCCUCUUCCACUUCCGUCUCCUCCCUUUAUACCGAGACCGAUUCAGCCGGUCAGACUGUAUUCAAAUUGAAACCGGACGGGUUCAAGACAAGCAACCUCGCGUUCCUGUUCCUCAACAGCGCGACCGAUAGUACAAAGCUUUGCAACUCAUGCACUCGGUCCAUCCUGACCGCCUACGUCAGUUUCGAGUCAAACGCGCCUUAUGCGUCUGGGCUCGGACAGAGCCCUAUCCUCGGUGGUCAAUCUGACCUUUACAAUGCCGUCGUUUCAGGGUGCGGGGCUAACUUUUUACAAGGUGCUGUUCAGGCUGCCGGUUCGUUGUCGGAUGGUAUCAUUAGUAGCAGUGAUGCUCGUAGGAGUGUGGGUGCUCAGGCUGGUGGUUUGGUUGCCCUGUUGGGUGCUGCUACCGUUGUUGCUGCCUUUGCCUUCUAAGAAUCAGAUGCGCUGUAGGUUUUUAGGAGAAUGGGGGGAAGGGGGGAAGGGUGUACUGGUGUGGUGGUGAGAUGUGUUAGGAGAGGGGAAGGUGCGAGGUGCGAGGGGUGUGUGUUGUUUCUUUUCUGUUUGUUGUGAUUCUGGAAAGAUCUAAACUAAAGCUUUAGUCUCGUCUAUUACCCGUUGUGCACUUUUUCUUUCUUCUUUCUUCUUGCUUUCAUGGGGCUAUAUAUAUUUAUAUAGAUAUACAUAUAUACCCUUGGCAAUACCUUUUUUGCGGUUUGCCGUACACAUUAUAACCUGACUGCUGAAUUCAGCAUUAUUCAGUUCCCGGCGAUAUUUGUUGAAUGGAGGUUUGAUCUUUUGUUUCGCAGUGUGUCCCACGUCGUCAAAGGCUUCGAGAAGCUCAAAUUUACGAGUCUUGCGGCAAGGAAGAGGUCAACCAAUACUGGAGUGUAUGCAGCAAGCUUAAGGUAUCGCAGAUAUUGCUUUUGACGUGAGUUUGAGAACAAGUUGAAUAAGUAAGUAAUCCAAACGAUGUAAAAUGAUGCAAGCGCUAGCUAUAGUGCUUUGGUAUUUAAGUAAACGAUAGCUGGCUGA